UUAAAAUGCACUAUUUUGGUUGAAAACACGUGUUUUUUAUAGUUUGAUUUGUAGUUUUAUUGUUUAUAAUGCAGAUUGUGUUGUAGAUAGUAAGAACAAUAGACGGAAACAACUCGUGUUUCAUCAAAAUUCCCUCACAGCGAAAGAGUAGGAAUCUUCUUUCGAACGAAUCCGAGGCUCGCGGUCGCGUCGAACAGCAAUGAAUCUGCUGCCCAAAAGUACGGCCGACUUUGGCUCGACCGAAUACUGGAACAGCUUCUUCCGGAAGCGUGGCAAGCAAGCGUUCGAGUGGUACGGCGAGUAUCCGGAACUGUGUACCCAGCUGCAUCAGUACAUCAAGCCGAAGGAUGAAAUACUCGUCGUCGGUUGUGGUAACUCGAAGCUGAGCAUGGACCUGUACGAUGUGGGCUUCAAGAAAAUCACCAACAUCGACAUAUCGCCCGUCGUCAUCAAACAAAUGCAGGAAGCGAACCGGCUCAAUCGGCCCGAAAUGACCUGGAACCAGAUGGACGCAACCGCGAUGACCUUCCCGAACGAAACGUUCUCCGUCGUGCUGGACAAGGGUACGCUCGAUGCACUGUUCACCGAUGAGUCUACCUCCGUCGUUACCAUGGUGCGCAACUACUUUGCCGAAAUUGGUCGCGUUCUGCGUCCAGCCGGCCGGUACGUUUGCUUAUCGCUCCUGCAGGAGCACAUCCUCCGGGAGGUUGUGAGCCACUUUCCGGCCGCCCACUUUAUGCUGCGCAUUGUACGGUGCCCCGAGGCGGGCAAAGGCCGUGGAACGGAAGACGCUCCCAAUGCGGACGGCUCCUCGCUCGUAGUGUUUGCGAUUGUGGCAACAAAGUUGAAAAACAUGCCACUGCGCGUGCUUGAGGUAGGCCUCGCCGGCAGUCACAUAGAGCGGGUGCAGCGGCCCGAAGAGAUUAUAGCAGCCGUAGCUGCCACCCAGAAAGCGGCCAUGGUUUGCAAUGGGUUGGCCCGCGGUAGCAUUGCGGGGAUGGCCGAAGUAUCGCUGGAUUUGUUCUCACCAACUGACAAGGAGCGACCACGCUACACGAUCCACGUGCUCGACCAGGCACCGAAGAGGGGUAACGGCAAAUAUGCCGCCUUCAUUGUACCGCAGGGCCGUGAAACGGAGUGGCUGUUUGCGACACCGGCCGGUCGAAGAAAGCUGCAAGAAUCGGCCAAGUUUGAUCGACUUGCAAUCGUAACGCUUCACCGGGGACACGUGUACACCGAUCUGGAAGCGGUCAAGGCGGAACUAGCGGAGAGUGUAAAAUCACUCGCCCCACAACAAGUGUUGCAGGGCGCAUCGAUACCGUACCUCUCGAUCGGUGCGGAAGUAGGCCGCCGGGAAACGAUCCACACCGGCCGCAGCGAACUGUCUGGUGAGUACGUGGUGGAGGAGAUUGCCGGCGAGAAUGGGCGCCUGUUACGGCGGCUCGUCUUCCUCUCCAACCAAGCGGUGGUACAGUCGGAGGCGGCACUCAAAAUGGCCCGCGUGCGUGGCAGCCGUGCGCCACAGAAGGUGAUCGAUGCGGGCUAUCUGGCCUGCCAGCAUCAUCUCUUCAUGACGGUCGGCGUACAGCUGGCGGCGAACAUGGACGCCACCGGUAGCUGCCCCGUUGCCGUCGUUGGGCUCGGUGGCGGAGGGCUGUGCACGUUUAUUCGCGAGUGUCUUAAAAAGACCACCAUUACGGCGGUUGAGAUCGAUCCGGAGGUGGAACAGAUUGCGGUGAAAUAUUUCGGCCUCACGCUCGAUGCACGGCUGCGGGUCGUGAUUGCCGACGGGAUACAGUUUCUGGCGGAUGAAGCGGCACGCGGUGCGCACUAUUCCGCGCUACUGUUCGAUGUGGACAGUAAGGAUGCGAGCGUGGGUAUGAGCUGUCCGCCGGCCGCCUUUCUCGAGCGCGAGGUGCUCGCCAACGUGCGCAAGCUGACGGGCGACAGCGGGCUGUUCGUGCUGAAUCUGGUGUGUCGCAAUGAGGCGCUGCGGGAAACGACGGUGGAAGGUUUGAAGCGCGCGUACCGGUACGUGCUUUCGUACCAGCUGGAGGAGGAUGUGAACGAGAUUUUCUACUGCACCGACAACGACCGGCUGAAGGAGGUGACGAACUGGCAGGAGCUGCUGCGCACGGCUGCGGACGACGUGAACAAGCUGGCGCGGAAGGAGAAGCUAACGCUCGAGCAGGAGCUGGUGGAUUUGAGUGACUUUAUCACUGCCCUUAAAAUAUAGGACGAGCAAUGUGGUGCGUUGUGUUGUACAGAA